UUCAGAUCCACCAACACCGACAAUGACGCGUGCGGAUGGUGGUCGAAGAAUAAUCUCUCCCUCAUAAAGCAGAUACAUGAGACGGGGCAUGGUCGUGGAGGACUCACGGAGGGAUAUUUCACCCCACAGAGCGAGCUUUUACUCCCGCGUGGCUUCAGCCUAAAGACACAGAUACGCUAGAAAGCAUUUCGCGAGCUAUUUUGCAUGUAGCCUCGGGCGCAUGAAGUCUGGGAUAUAUUUCACACCCACUUCAGUUCUUCCUGCCACCUUGCAAUGAGAAACCUGUAAGUUUUUAUCAAAAGGGGGAACUGGCUUCUCUGUCUGACUGAGGAGUGCCAGUUUGAAGCGAUAUCCACCUUUUUCUGCAAGAUGUUUUGAGCGCCAAGGGGGCUGAGAGCGGCUGGUGUCAUCAGGGGAGGGAGAGGAGGGGGGAGUCUUCACUGCGCAGACAAGCGGCGGACCGUCUCUGCGCUACCGCUCGUCUCCCUCUGAUCCUCAGCAGACGGACUCUUUCAGGAGGAAGGAGUGAGUGAAAAGAGGAGGAAAAGGGGUUGUAUUGCCAAGGCUGGAAAUCUGGAAAGAUACGGCGGUAAAAUGACGAUGUCUGUCCCCGAGAGGAAAUCAGGAUCGGAGGGGAAAGAGGAGGAGAGCGAGGAUGAGAGUGAGAUCUUGGAGGAGAGCCCGUGUGGUCGCUGGCAGAAACGGAAAGAGCAGGUGAGCCAAGGUAAUGUCCCCGGUGUGGAAAGCGCGUCACUGGCCAUGGACACUGAAGAAGGCGUGGAGGUGGUGUGGAACGAGGUGCUCUUCUCUGACAAGAAAGUCUUCAAAGCACAGGAGGAUAAGAUCAAGGAAAUGUUUGAGAACCUGAUGCAGGUCGAACACCCAAACAUCGUCAAGUUCCACAAAUACUGGCUGGACAUGAAGGAGAGUCAGGCCCGGGUUAUAUUCAUCACUGAGUACAUGUCAUCAGGCAGCCUCAAGCAGUUCCUGAAGAAGACAAAGAAGAACCACAAGACGAUGAAUGUGAAGGCCUGGAAGAGAUGGUGCACCCAGAUUCUCUCUGCCCUCAGCUAUCUGCACUCUUGUGACCCGCCGAUAAUCCAUGGUAACCUGACGUGUGACACCAUCUUCAUCCAGCACAACGGACUCAUCAAGAUCGGCUCAGUUUGGCAUCGGCUUUUUGUAAAUGUAUUUCCAGAUGCCGGUGUGCAUGGGAAAGGGAGGCAACAUCGUGAUGAGCAGAGGAAUCAGCAUUUUUUUGCCCCUGAAUAUGGAGCUGGUGAAGAUGAUUAUGCCAUAGACAUCUUCUCCUUUGGGAUCUGUGCCCUAGAGAUGGCAGUACUGGAGAUCCAGGCCAAUGGAGACAGUGCUGUGUCCAAGGAGGCCAUCAUCAGUGCAGGUCAAUCACUGGAAGAUCCUCUCAUGAGAGAGUUCACUCAGUCCUGUCUGCGUCACGAUGCCAAGCUCCGUCCUACGGCUCAUGACCUUCUGUUCCACAGAGUUCUGUUCGAGGUCCACUCCCUCAAACUGCUCGCCGCCCACUGCCUCAUCAACAACCAGUACUUGCUUCCUGAAAACUGUGUGGAGGAGAGAACCAAGUCCUUCGACCCAAACGCUGUCAUGGCAGAGAUCAAACAUGAAGACAGACAGGGAGUUCAGCUCAAAUACUCCCAUGUGUCUCCUUUAGAACUCGACAAGUUUCUGGAGGAUGUAAAGAAUGGGAUUUACCCUCUGAUGAACUUCGCUUCUUCUCGGCCUCAUCCCGUCCCUCGCGCCCUCUCCCUGUCUCAGGAGCAGGUGGAGACAGUCAAAACACCGACACCUGAACCCCAAGAGACUGAAACCAGGAAGGUUGUUCAGAUGUACUGUAAUCUGGAGUCGAAUGGAGAAGGGACCAAAACUCAUCUGUCUUUGUUCUUGAAGAUGGAUGACAAACUUCACAGGCAGCUUAGCUGUGAUAUCCUUCCAACUGACUCCUCUAAAGACCUUGCCAGCGAGCUUGUUCACUACGCCUUCAUCAGUGAGGAGGACAGUGAGAAGGUCGCAGGGUUUCUGGAGGACGCCAUCAGUCGACACCGGGUCCGAGCGCUCGCUUCUGGGAGCACACAGUGAGGAGGGGGUCACGACAGAUGACCCAGACAUAGGGGCCCAGUGCGACCAGAUGGGUCGAGUAGAGAGGGGAAGGGCAGCAGGCAGGAUCACACAGCCGGGGACUGAGGGAGCGAUGGGAGCUGACCCAGCAAAGGGAUAAAAAUGGGACAAAUACAGAAGGAUGCUGGGUCAUGAGAGUCAGUAAAUCAUCCCUGGGCGAUUGAAGAAACGCCAGAGGAAGAAACCCGUGGAACUUCUAUUCAGAGGGCCAUCAUGGCUGUGUGCAGCAAUCCCACAAAGCAGUGGAAGAUUGACUAACUCCCUGCCUAUAAGGGCUAUCAUGCCUUAAAAUAUUGCAGCUUAGGUUUUCAAUAUUGCCACUAUUCAAAACGCAAAUGUUUUACAUAAAAAUGCAGCAGAAAGACAUUUCUAUGCUCAUUAGCCUUGUUUGCACUCCGAUGUCCACUUUGAUUUGGGAUUAUUUACUUUGAAUUGUACACUAGCUAAAGCCUCUGUCUUUUACAAACCGGAUCCAUCUGCUCAUUUAAGGAAUAUGAAUCCCGUCCAACAAGCACUGUUAAUACUCAUGCGUUUGACUUAUUUAUUUCUUUAUAACUGUGAACAGUAGACGCUUUGCACAAGCCUGUUUAUUUCUUUAGACACUUCACUGCACUCUUUGGUUAAAGGUCACUUCUCCCUGAACUCCACACGUCAUGCCUAUAUGUAGUGACGAGAAACGAGACAAUGCCUCUCUUUUAAGCCUGUAGUGCUCUUAAGGGUUUUCCCUGUGAACGUGUUUUGAAAGCCAAAGACUUGCAAAGUGCCUGUUAUGGCAAUGUAAGAAAAAAUUCCCAACAAAAUGACAUUGUACCAAUCUGAACUUCUUGGAAUUUUAGUCAUUCAGAUUGACUUUACAAAUUUCAACACCAGAUGCAAAGAUUUGGGCUUAAAUCUGUCCUCAUGACUCUACGUUACAGAAUCAGCCACUGAGAAUGUUCAUUAAGAGCUGCAGCCACUUUAGAUAUAUGAUCACAGAAAUGCUGCGGCUGAUGAGGAGCUGCAGCUUGUGUACAAAAUUGAUUAGCCUCUGAAAGAAGCUUGUGAAUAAAAAUAGUAGAUCUAUAUAAAGAAAAGGUGUUGGUAUAUUAAGACUUGUUAAUUAUAAAGGCCAUAUUGUUCAUAUAUAUUUCUGCCGAAUUAAUUUUGCCAUAAAUCCAAGACCAUCAGAAAGUAUUUUCUUAGACUUUGCUCUGUAAAAGCAUCUGUAGGUGAAAAAUCUACCCAAAAGCCUUUAAGAAUGCACCGAUGUAGUAUUCUCCUAUUAAACAUGCUGACUAUGGUUGUCCAGAUUUUCAACGGUUAUGAUACUAUCUGUUUUUAAAUGAAACAUACUGCAUUGCAUUUAUGAUGAUUGUAUCAAAAAUUCAGAGGCUCUAAAGCAGAAGUUCUCAACUGGUCGACCACCUUAUGAGAAAUUGCAACCCAGAUUUUUUAAAUGUUCAACCUCUCAAAUUUAUUUAAUAAAAACAUACGGUCCUUAAUGCAAAACAAACAUAUUGAACAAAGAGAAGAUCAUUACAGAAGGAAACACAUAUAUAUACAUCUUAUUUUACUUCAUUUUACAGGGACAGCAUGAAAAUUGGCAAUUUCUUGAGUGAUUGUCUUAUUAUAUUGAGAAAAUCAGCAGUGUCAUCUUAAAGGGGACAUAUGCAAAAAUCACUUUUUCUGGCUUUUCUAACAAAAAUAUGUGCCUCUGGCCUGUCCACAAUCCCUUCAAGUACCAAAUCCUUUACCUCCCUUUCUUUCUCUGCCUUUCUAAAAAUGUGUGCUGAAACAAGCCGUUCUAAGAUUUUCCCCUCAUGACCUCAUUAGGGGAGUUAGCAUCACCCCCAGGUUCAGUUGCCCCUCCCAGCUUGGAAGA